AUGUCGCGUGUAUCUCGAGCUUGGUAUCGCAUUUCUCGGGACAACGAACUCUGGCGCGGCAUGUAUGGAAUGAAUGAUGGGUGGAAAACCUCUAUACCAAGAGAAGUGACUCUUGCGGGAGAAGUGGAUUGGAAAAAUUUGUAUAAAAUUCGUCAUACUCUUGCAAUGCGGUGGAAAAAAGGGGAAUGCGAAAAAAGAUAUCUCAAGGGUCACGCAGACAGCGUUUAUUGCAUACAGUUCGAUAAACGUAAGAUUGUCACUGGAUCUCGCGAUAAGACAAUUAAAUUCUGGGACAUUAAUACAGGAAACUGUUUCCAAACAUUACAUGGUCAUGAUUUGUCAGUUUUAUGUUUACAAUAUGAUGAUAACAUCAUGGUUUCUGGAUCUAGCGAUACUACCAUUAUAAUUUGGGAUAUGCAAAACUAUUAUCAUACAGUGCCUCAAAUACGACGUCUUGCUGGUCACUCCGCCGGUGUUUUGGACAUUUGUUUUGAUGGACUUCACAUAGUAUCUUGCUCAAAAGAUAGCACAAUUAAAGUCUGGGAUAUUUAUACUGGAAUAUGUCUACGUACAUUAAUAGGACAUCGUGGUCCUGUUAAUGCCGUUCAACUUCAUAAUAAUAGAAUCAUUUCAGCGUCUGGUGACGCACUCAUCAAACUUUGGGAUUUAGAGACGGGUAGAUGUAUUAGAGAUUUUGUCGGUCACACUCGCGGAUUGGCAUGUGUCCAAUUUGACGGUAAAUGGGUCGUCUCAGGUUCAAAUGAUAAAACAAUAAAAAUUUGGGAUGUGGAAACGGCUCAGUGCAUUCGCACGUUAGAAGGACAUACCGAUUUAGUAAGAACACUUCAUUUUGACGAUGAUAAAAUUGUGAGCGGGAGCUACGAUCAGACAGUUAAGGUUUGGGACCUCAAGACCGGGAAGCAACUGUUAGAUUUCAAAAACGGUCAUACAAGUUGGGUUUUUGAUGUUCAAUUCAGUGUGACAAAAAUUGUUAG